AGAAUAAAUACAUAUUAUCCUCCCAUGUAUUGUAUUUGUGGGGAGAGAGAGCGAGUGGAUGUGGUGUUCCGGAGAAGUUGGAAUGGCAGCGGUUAGUGUUAGUGUUACUGUGAGAGUGAGGUGGUGCACUCGAAAACCACCCACUCCAACUCCAACCAGAUUCAGCGUUAAUGCUCUGUUUGGUGAUUGGGGAUUUGGGAAUAGAACAAGGAACUCCCUUCAGCAGCAAUUCACGUUCACUCUUGCUGAUAGUAAAGUGAUAAGCGUGUCGGUUGUUUCUUCGAUCUCAGAUGUUGCAUCGAGCGAAUGGGACGCUUGUGCUUUGGAUGCGACUGGCCCUGACAACUUCAAUCCAUUCCUUUCGCAUGCCUUUUUGUCGACCUUAGAGCACUCUGCUUCCGCUGUCAGGGAAACUGGUUGGAUCCCACACCACAUCGUUGCCAAAGCCAACAACAACAGCAACAACAACGUUGUAGCCGUUGUCCCACUCUAUCUUAAAACCCACUCCUACGGCGAAUUUGUUUUUGAUCAUUCUUGGGCUAAUGCUUACCAUUCUUAUGGCUACAAUUAUUACCCCAAGUUACAAUCUUGUGUCCCCUUCACACCUGUAACUGGUCCAAGGAUCUUACUUCGUAACACCUCCUUCAAACAUCAAGUUUUCGACAUUAUUGUCUCCGCAAUGAAGGAACUCGCUCUCACCUCCCAGCUUUCAUCAUUACAUGUUACUUUUCCCUCUGAAAAUGAGUGGCACAAGCUCACUGAGAAAGGCUUCCUCCCCAGGAUUGGAAUGCAGUACCACUGGAAAAACCGUAACUACAAAAAUUUUGAUGACUUCUUGAUGGACAUGAAGCAAAGUAAAAGAAAAAAUAUACGUCAAGAGCGCAAAAAGAUCUCAGCCCAGAACUUGAUUAUGAAACGCCUCCGGGGUUAUGAAAUAAAGGCUAGGCACUGGGAUUCCUUCUACUCUUUUUACAGGAACACAACUGAUAACAAAUGGGGCACUCCUCACCUGACAAGGGAAUUUUUUCAUGAGCUGGGAGCAAAAAUGGGAGAUAAUGUGCUACUUGUGGUGGCUGAAGAAGGGGAUGAACUAGUUGCUGGAGCCCUAAAUCUUAUCGGAGGAGAUACCUUGUUUGGGCGCCUAUGGGGAUGUCAGCCACGAAGUUACUACCCAAGUUUGCAUUUUGAAGCGUGUUAUUACCAGGCAAUUGAAGCAGCUAUUGAACUCAAUCUUAAAACUGUAGAGGCAGGAGCUCAGGGUGAACACAAGAUUCAGCGGGGAUAUCUUCCUGUGACAACUUAUAGCUGCCAUUACCUUAUUGAUGAAGAAUUUAGAGAAGCUAUACAAGAUUUUUUAAUACGUGAAGCUGCUCAGGUGAAGCUAGUUAUAAAACUCUUGCAUGAUUCUGGUCCUUUUAAGGAAGGUAUCCUUUAGAAAGUAAAUUUAUGGGUAUAGUAUUUGCAAAUAUGUAUAUGAUUGUAAUAAUUUAUUUAUAAUUUAGCAGAAAUGUAUAUACAGCUGAAGUAAUGAGUACGUUGGGUAUUUGGUACAAAGAUGAAUGAUGCAUGCGUGCGCAUUGUUAGAGUAA